AUGAACCUCAUCAAAGUUGGAAUCAUAGGCUACGGCUUCUCGACCAAAUGUUUCCAUCUACCAUUCAUCCUGGCUCUACCUGAUCGAUUCAAAGUCACGGCAUUCUUUCAGCGCUCGGAAGCUCCAGGGGAUCCCCGGUCUGCCAAAAGGGGCACACACUGCACCGUCGACCAUCCUGAAGCGAAACACUAUCGUACGGCCGACGAGUUCUUCGCCGACCCGGAUGUCCAAGUCGUGAUUGUUUGUAGCAAAACAGACACUCACGCAGAGUAUGCCGAAAAGGCUUUGUUGGCCGGAAAACAUGUCGUUGUCGAAAAACCAUUCACCAGGACCACAGAAGAAGCCGACCGCAUCAUUUCCGUCGCCAGACAAACGGGAUUGAUAUUGACGGUUUUUCAGAAUAGGAGAUGGGACUCGGACUUUUUGACACUUCAACACCUCAUUCAAAAUGACGCAUUGGGAGACGUCAAAGAAGUCGAAAUUCAUUAUGAUGUCGAUUUCCCGUUUUGGAUGAGAAAUAUGAACAAGAAGUUCUACACUCCAGGUGAUGGUAUGAUGUUUGGUCUAGGUUACCAUACGAUCGAUCAAGCUCAACUCCUUUUCGGUCGUCCAUCAUCCGUGACAUGUUUUCUACGUGUACUCCGUGGCAUCGAAAGUGAAGUCGACGAUUCAUUCACCAUGAUUCUAGAAUACGGUCCACCUCACAAGGACCUUUUGGUCACGGUCAAAACCAACAUCGCUUCUUGCAUGCAAGAACAAUUGAAAUAUUUUGUUCGUGGGACAAAAGGGUCAUAUGUAAAGCAUGGAACUUGUGUCCAAGAACAACAAAUCUUUGACUCCUUAUCCCCAAAAGAUCCUCGGUUCGGUGUGGAACCUACCGGUCUCAAUGGCACCCUCACCACCUCGUACUGUUUCGACGACGGCUCCCAAAAUCUCGACUCGGCUUCGAAAAAGUACGUGGGAAGGUACCCCACACUCCGGGGACACUGGUUGGGAUUCUACGAGAACCUGGCCGACGCGAUCCAAAAGGAAACCAAAAUCGCCGUCGAGCCCGGACAGUCUCGUGACGGCAUCAGGACCAUCGAGUUGGGGAGGAUGAGCCACGCGCAGGGGAGGGGUGUGCCUUGGGCUUGA